GGGGGGAGGUGUUUAGGAGAAACUGGGGUCUUUGGGUGUCUGGACAGCCCGGUGGGCGGAGGGUGUCAGCAGCCGGGCUGCGACCGCUGGUGAGGGGCUCGGAUGUGCAUAUGUAAGGGAAGGGUAGAGAGAAGGGAGCCUCAAGGGCGACAUAUUCUCCUGGCCUGCGAGCCUUCUUCCCGGGUCGCCAUAAACGUCCCCAAUUUCCUGGCUGCUGAAACAAGAGGAGGAAGAUCUUAGCAAAGCAAUGUCUCAAGAUGGCGCCUCUCAGUUCCAAGAAGUCAUUCGACAAGAGCUAGAAUUAUCUGUGAAGAAGGAACUAGAAAAAAUACUCACCACAGCACCGUCACAUGAGUUUGAGCACACUAAAAAAGACCUUGAUGGAUUUCGGAAGCUAUUUCAUAGAUUUUUGCAAGAAAAGGGGCCUUCUGUGGAUUGGGGGAAAAUUCAGAGGCCUCCAGAAGAUUCGAUUCAACCCUAUGAAAAAAUAAAGGCCAGGGGCUUGCCCGAUAAUAUCUCCUCUGUGUUGAAUAAGUUGGUGGUGGUGAAACUCAAUGGCGGUUUGGGAACCAGCAUGGGCUGCAAAGGCCCGAAAAGUCUGAUCGGUGUGAGGAAUGAGAACACCUUUUUGGAUCUCACGGUUCAGCAGAUUGAACAUUUGAACAAAACCUAUGAUACGGAUGUUCCUCUUGUUUUAAUGAACUCUUUUAACACAGAUGAAGAUACAAAAAAAAUACUACAGAAGUACAGUCAUUGUCGUGUGAAAAUCUACACUUUUAAUCAAAGCAGGUACCCAAGGAUUAAUAAAGAAUCUUUACUGCCUGUGGCAAAGAAUGUAUCUUACUCAGGGGAAAAUACUGAAGUUUGGUACCCCCCAGGACAUGGUGAUAUUUAUGCCAGUUUCUACAACUCUGGUUUGCUCGAUACCCUUAUAGGAGAAGGCAAAGAGUAUAUUUUUGUGUCUAACAUAGAUAAUCUGGGUGCCACAGUGGAUCUUUAUAUUCUUAAUCAUCUAAUGAACCCACCCAAUGGGAAACGCUGUGAAUUUGUCAUGGAAGUCACAAAUAAAACACGGGCAGAUGUAAAGGGUGGGACACUCACUCAGUAUGAAGGCAAACUGAGACUGGUGGAAAUCGCUCAAGUGCCAAAAGCACAUGUCGAUGAGUUCAAAUCUGUAUCAAAAUUCAAAAUAUUUAACACAAACAAUUUAUGGAUCUCUCUUGCAGCAGUUAAAAGACUGCAGGAGCAGAAUGCCAUUGACAUGGAAAUCAUUGUGAAUCCAAAGACUUUGGAUGGAGGCCUGAAUGUCAUUCAGUUGGAAACUGCAGUAGGAGCUGCCAUUAAAAGUUUUGAGAAUUCUCUAGGUAUUAAUGUUCCUAGGAGCCGUUUUCUACCUGUCAAAACCACAUCAGAUCUCCUGCUAGUGAUGUCAAACCUCUAUAGCCUUAAUGCAGGAUCCUUGACAAUGAGUGAAAAGCGGGAAUUUCCUACAGUACCCUUGGUUAAAUUAGGCAGUUCUUUUACAAAGGUUCAGGAUUACCUAAGAAGAUUCGAAAGUAUACCAGAUAUGCUUGAAUUGGAUCACCUCACUGUUUCAGGAGAUGUGACAUUUGGCAAGAAUGUUUCAUUAAAGGGAACAGUUAUCAUCAUCGCAAAUCAUGGUGACAGAAUUGACAUCCCACCUGGAGCAGUAUUAGAGAACAAGAUUGUAUCUGGAAACCUUCGCAUUUUGGACCACUGAACUGGAAAAUACUGUGUACACUUUAUACUAAUUAUGGGUUAAAUAGUUUCUUACAAUAAAAUGUUAUCUAGGAUUCUAAAAUAGGCAGGUACUAUGUUACUGUAUCUUGCACUGUUAAUUUUUAAAGUAGAGUUUUCUGCAGUAUCUUGCACUGUUAAUUUUUAAAGUAGAGUUUUCUGCAGUAUGCUUUUAGUCUAAGAAAAGCACAGAUGGAAGCAAUACUUUUCAUUUUGAAGAGAAUCCUGAAAGUCAGUUAAUCUUAAAGUGCAAUGCUUAAACUAGGGCAGCUCUGCUGGAAGAUCUUUUAACAGAUGCCUUAGUGAUGGUCAUUUUGAAUUGCUUAUGGUUUCAAAAAUAAAGCUGUGAAGUAAUACAUGUAUACCUUUAUGCUUUUCAAGGACAACUUUAUGAAAUGAUGAAAUAAAAUGGUUUGCUCUUACUAAACAGUUAUAUGAGUUGGAAGAUUUGCUCCUGGAAAAUUUGCUCCUGGAAUAUUUACUCACUGGCCAGUACCUAGCAAACCCAGUUAUUUCUAUAGGAAUUAAACUUGAAGGUAUUCAGUACCUCUCAUCUUGUUCUAAAGCUGGGAUGGGAUGCCUGCCAUGCUUUCCACAGACUUUCCAUUUAUUGAAACAAAGCAGUGUUUCUUUUCCUAGCUGAGAGGGGUGGGUUGGGCAGAGGUUGGGCAUUUCUGUCACAUCCUUGUUCUCUAGUCUGGGGGGUGGGGUGGCAGUAUAACUUUUUACAGACAAGUUCCCUUUCCUUGAAGUUUCCUUUUCUUGAAAACUGUUCAUGAAUAACUUUCAAAUCAGGUCUGCUGGAAGUUCCAUUGUGCCUUUUCUCUAAAAUCACAUUUUCCAAUUUCUGCAUACUUGUUUUGAGUAGGCUGCUUAUUUAUUUAUUUUAAAGUAUACUGUAUACUAUUAAAAGAAGUUGUCUUUUAAA